AAGCCAAGCAAUGAUCUUUGUGCCUAGUCUGUGAAAUCUGUGUGUGUGUACACUGUUUAGUCAUAGGUAUUAGGUGUAGUGUUGUCGUUGGAAAUGGAGUUCGUGUUUCAUUCAACGAAAGUGUUACAUAAAUAUUCACUGCGUAGUACGUUAGAAAUUGUCAGAUUGUAUUCGAGGACAACUACCCAGAAGGGAAAUUGGAUGCUGUUGUGUUUUCUACGGGAACUGGUGGAACGCUUGCAGGAACUUCAACAUACCUCAAGGAGCAGAAUAGUAGAGUGCAGGUGUAUCUUGCUGAUCCUGAGGGCAGUGUUCUCUACAACUGGUUCAAGCAUGGGAAGCUGGAAAGGAAAGGAGAUGGAAGUAUUACAGAGGGCAUAGGUCAAGGCCGUGUCACUGAGAACCUCAAGGGUGCUCCAAUCGAUGAUGCUGUGCAUAUACCAGACACAGAAGUUGUCGAAAUGACAUUUAGACUUCUUCAUGAAGAAGGGUUCUUCGUUGGUGCAUCGUCUGCUCUAAAUGUGGUAGCAGCUGUGAAGGUUGCUGAGAUCAUGGGUCCAGGUCACACCAUCGCCACAGCACUUUGUGACACAGGACAGCGAUACUAUGCUAGGCUGUUCUGUCGAGAUUGGCUACACAGCAAAGGUCUGGUAGAGUCGGUGCCUAAAAUGUAUCAGCAAUAUUUGCAUUAAGGGGAGUCAACUGUGGAUAGGUAAUAGGAUGCAAUAGGUAAAUGCUAAUCACAUGAAGAUUUUAUUUUACUAGCUUUAAAUUUCACAAUGUGUUACACAGGUGAACUAUGGUAUCGUACCAUUAUUUUAUGUGUGCCGUAUCACGAUUGUAAAUUGAGAUUUUAGAGUGGUCUCUAUUUGGAUACUCUAUUUGGAUUUGGUUCUAUUUGGAUGAAACGUCAGUAACAUGUGUGUGGAAUGUCCAAUUAUUUGCGGUAAGCGUAGUCGUUCUUUGUAUGUUUCAGGAAUAUAUAAUGUACUAAAACAUUGCGACGAUAACUAAACCUUUCUUUCAUUUGUCAAAGAUAUCUGUGAUAAUGAUUUAUUUGGUGGGUUGUUGAAAAUUUAUUAUACAACGUUGUGUAACGACUUGUUUUAAAUUGUUUUCACAAAUCAUGUAUUAAAUGUUGAAUAUAAUUGAAAAAGAUUUAAUUAAAAUGAUAUUGACUACUGAAUACUUCCAUUUAUCAGGAGUGGAUAAUAGAGAUCUCUAUUAUCCACUCCUGCAUUUAUCAUCUAUUGUUUGAGCAGUUGGACUACGCAUAUAAAAAGUGGUGUUGUGGGGAAAUUGAAGGCCGAUUAUUCAGGCUCGUAUGUCAUGCUGUUUUGGUCUGAAUAGGACAAUAAACAUCGUAUAUAAAUUCCAUUAGAA